UCGCAUUUCGUCCCCAGAUCGACUCAGUUCGCUACUGCGUUUAAAAGGUGGUUGUGUACUUGACAGUUCACUACAAAGAAACUUUUUUUAAUUAAAAACAAUUUAAUCAAACCAGAUACUUUUUUAAACAACCGGCUCUAGAAUAUUCCACCGUAACCAUGCCGGAACCCAUUGAUAUUUCCCCAAAUGAAGAUAACGGCGUGCUCAAGGAAAUUUUGCAAGAGGGACAAGGCGAUGAGUAUCCACCACCAGGAUCCAAAGUUAAAGUCCAUUAUACCGGGACUUUAACUGAUGGAACAAAAUUUGACUCAAGCAGGGAUCGAAAUGAGCCCUUUGAAUUUGAUUUAGGGAAAGGUAGCGUGAUAAAGGCGUGGGAUAUCGGUGUGGCGACUAUGAAAAAGGGCGAAAGGGCGAUGUUAACGUGCGCUUCUGAGUAUGCCUAUGGAAAGUCUGGUAGUGGUCCGACGAUACCUCCAGACGCCACAUUGAAAUUUGAUGUGGAAGUUAUAGGGUGGAAAUGUGAAGACAUCAGCCCUAAAAAAGAUGGAAGUAUUGAAAGACAACUAAUAACAGCAGGAGAGGGGUAUACAUAUCCGAAUGAUGGUGCUACAGUAGAAGUGAGUUUGGUGGGUAAACACGACGGGAAAGAGUUCGACGUGCGUGACGUCACAUUCACAGUGGGUGAAGGUUCUGAACAAAAUGUUAUAUUAGGUAUAGACAAAGCAAUUGAGAAGUUUAAAAAGGGUGAAACUUCUAAGUUGAUUAUUAAACCACAUUAUGCUUUUGGAUCUCAGGGAUCUACCGAAUUUAACAUUCCUCCCAAUGCAACAGUCGAAUAUACAGUAACAUUGAAGGAGUUUGAAAGAGUUAAAGAAAGCUGGGCUUUGGACACAAAAGAGCGCGUAGAACAGGCCAAAAUAUUCAAAGAAAAAGGCACUGGCUACUUUAAAGUUUCAAAGUUCAAACUCGCCAUUAAAAUGUACAAAAAAAUUAUUGACUAUUUAGAUUCUCAAAAAGAUGAUGACCUCCAAAAGGAAAUUGAUGCUCUUAUUUUAGCAGCACAUCUUAAUUUGUCUUUAUGCUAUUUGAAGAUUGAAGACAACUUUGAAGCAAAAACUUCAGCAACUGCUGCUUUAGCAAUUGAUGCUGAUAACGUAAAAGCAUUGUUUAGAAGAGGACAAGCUUUAUUAAAGCUUGGAGAACCCAAAGAUGCUUCAAAUGAUUUUUCACAAUGUCUCAAGUUAGAUCCUGAAAACUCAGCUGCCAAAACACAACAAGCGUUGUGUGCUAAAACGCUUAAAGAACAGCUGCAAAGAGAGAAAAAAGUUUAUGCCAAUAUGUUCGACAAAUUUGCAAAAAUGGAUGCCCAGAGGGAAGAAAUAGAAAAAAAGAAAGAACCAAAUGUGAUGUCAUCAGUGGGAGAGUGGGGUAAGGAAGAUCGAGAAAGAGAACCAAGCGAGUUUGAAAAGGAAAAUCCGAAUAUUUUGUUGCUUAAUGGUAGUGGAGAAUUUAAAGACAUGUAAACUGUUUUGCUCUUUUCAUACUGAAUAAAUCUAGUUUAAAGCUAAA